GCAGGAAACUAUGCCCCACUUAGAGAGCGCACGUUAGCGCCCGCCACUUCGUACAAUCGACAAAUUGCAUCCUCAAUGCAUCGUCAUCUUAGGGCUUUCUCUGCUUCUGUCCUUCCCAACUGUACAUAAAACAAACGAGACUCGUCAACCCGUCGGAGCCCCCCCAUUGCCGGCGAAAUCUCCUCCCAAAUUCUCCUCCUUCUCCAUUUCUGUCUGCACACUCCCUCUGUUCCUGAAUUUUGCUUGUCUCGCGAGAACUCUUUGGUUUCCAAUCCUUUCUCUGUCGGGUGGAGCGGAGAAGAUGGCUCGGUCUGCGAGAGGUCAGCAACAAGAAUUGGAAGAAGACGACGACGAAGAUCACCUGACCAGAAAUGGUUCUUCUUCACUCAAAGUGAAGGUGGAUGAAGCGACUAGAGAGCAGCGGGUUAACGCACAUCGUUCCAAGCAUUCAGAAACUGAGCAGCGAAGGAGGAGCAAGAUAAAUGAAAGAUUUCAGAUCCUGAGAGAUCUCAUUCCUCAAAAUGAUCAGAAAAGGGAUAAGGCUUCUUUCUUGCUGGAGGUUAUUGAGUAUAUUCAAUUUUUACAGGAGAAAUUACAAAUGUAUGAGCAAUCUUACCAAGGGUGGAAUCAGGAGCCAAUGAAAUUAAUUCCCUGGAGAAAUCAUCGUGGACCUACAGAAAAUGUCACAUCUCAGGCUAUGCAAAAUGGUUCUGGUCAUGAGAACAAUGAUCUCUCUCCAUCGCUGCCCUUAAAUGCACAGAAUGCAAUUGAAUCUGACUUGUCACCGACAAUUAUUCAGAAGGCUGCCCCCCCUGGUUUAGCUUCUGAAGCAGUUCCCUUGGGUAUGCAAAUGCGGUUGGACAUGUUUGAUGCGGCUGUGAGCAGUGGCAUUCCAACCCAGCAUUUUCAUGAAGCAAUAUCUAACUCUGAGAACACGCCUUCCCAUACUCAGCCUCAGGUGUGUCUUGGGGGACCUGAGGAGGGUGCAUAUGAUUUUCCAAAUAAUACAUUGAAGGAACAGGAUGAGCUAGCAUUUGAAAGUGAGUCAGUCAGCAUCUCAAGAGCCUAUUCUCAGGGAAUAUUGGAUACUUUUGUGCACGCACUGCGGUCUUCAGGUGUGGAUUUAUCUGAGGCCAACGUUUCAGUACAAAUUGAUCUAGGGAGACGAUCAAUUGCCUCCACAUCUAGCUCAAAGGAUCAUGAGAACCAAUUUGUGAACAAUCCGGCAGUGCCAUGUUCAGGAGUUGACUACUGCAGUGAGGAUUCUGAACAAGCUCUUAAGAGGCUCAGAACUGAAGCGAUCUCCUGAUACGUGGUGUUGGGGCAACUUUUCGUGGGCCCCAUCCGAGGCAUCCUUUGGGUCUGCCUCAAGAAAUGAAGGUGGGACCUAAAGGACAACCUGGUAUGAUCACUUUUAACUGGAAUUUAGGAUUCAUGUCUGAGAAUCCUAGGUUUGGUACCAUCUCACAUGAUUGAAUGAUGAACACUUUUUAUUACUUGCUUUUUGGAUUGUCUAGAUAGAAAAGCUCGACAAUUGACUCUACUAAAUAAAACCUCAUGACUCUUGAUCUA